AUGGCAAGAAGUUUAGAGCCUCUAAUUGUUGGGGGAGUAAUUGGUGAUGUUCUUGAUUCAUUCAAUCCAACAAUAAAAAUGUCAAUCACUUUUAACAACAAAUUAGUUUGCAAUGGCCAUGAAUUUUUCCCUUCUGCUAUUUCUUCUAGACCUAAAGUUGAAGUUCAAGGAGGAGAUUUGAGAACUUUCUUCACACUGGUCAUGACAGAUCCUGAUGUUCCUGGCCCUAGUGAUCCUUAUCUGAGAGAGCAUCUACACUGGAUGGUAACUGACAUUCCAGGUAUAACUGAUGCUACUUUUGGAAGAGAAUUGGUGAGCUAUGAGAUCCCAAGGCCAAAUAUUGGGAUUCAUAGGUUUGUGUUUGUUCUCUUCAAGCAGAAAAGCAGAAGUUCAGUUAGUCAACCAAUUUCGAGGGAUCAUUUCAAUACUCGAAAUUUUGCCUAUGAAAAUGAUCUUGACCAACCUGUUGCUGCUGUCUUCUUCAAUGCACAACGUGAAACCGCCGCACGAAGACGUUAA